AUCUGCUCAGCGGUACGGUGUUUCGGGACCCUCUGGGCCUCUUGUCCUCCUCCUCCAGAGACCCAUCUUUCCAACUUGGCUUUUUGCUUGAACCCUGCCAGGUUGCUCGCCCGACAUCUUAAGCUUGUUGAGCCCGCCCAGGGCCCUUCAAGACCAAUCAUCCGGAGACUGCCGCGCAGCCGGACGUCAUGCCGGAUCCUACACUAG